UGUUCGCUGCACAUUGAACAGGCAUGGCGUCCUUCAAACAGAGGCGCAAGUGAAGAACGUUUCGCAAUUUGCCCUUGUCUAUGUUUUUAUUUAUUAUUUAUGUAAAUAUAUAAAUAUUCUUCACAAUGGCGACCAGGACCGUUUGUCAAGUUCUCCAGCGCCGCUUUGCGUCUGCCGCGGCAGCUGCGCGUGCGCCGGCCGCCGAGGUCCGCGGUCGACGCAGCGCCGUCUUCUCCAGGGAGCAGGCCCGGCAGAGGGCUCUGUACCCCCGCAUCGAGAAGAUCGAGGUGUCUGCGAAUGGCCCGGGGCUGGAUGGGACGCUGCUGAUCAUGAACAAAGGGAUGUCCACCCCGCUGAGCUGCGCCAGACACCUGACAGAAUAUCACGUGACCAACUCGGCGAUGGCGCUGGUGGACGGGGAGCCGUGGUCUCUCAACCAGCCCCUCACGCAGUCCUGCUCCCUCACUCUGCUCACAUUUAAAGACAGUGAUCCAACGCUGGUCAACCAGGCCUAUUGGCGUUCCUGCGCCGCUUUGCUCGGCCAGGUGCUGGAGACGGCGUUCAAAGACGACUUCACUGUGGAGCUGCUCGGCACACCGGAGGUGGCAGUCACUUCAGGAGCUUUCUGCUGUGACGUGGUGCUUGACCCUCAGCUGGACUCAUGGACUCCCUCUGAGGAGUCGUUGCGGUCUCUGACCAAAGGGGCCCAGCAGCUCAUCCACCAGGACCUGGCCUGGGAGCCUCUGGAGGUGGCGCCCUCUGUGGCGCUGGAGGUCUUCUCACACAGCAGGUGUAAACAGGAGGAGGUGGAACAGAAGGCAGCACAAAAUCCCAAAGGCACAGUGACGCUCCACAGAUGUGGUGACCAUGUCCUGCUGAGUGUGGGCACCCUAGUGGCCAGAACUGGCCUGUGCUCCCAGUACGAGGUGACGGCCCUCCACAGCCUGGUGGAGGGGCCGUGGGGCCUCCGCCGUCAAGCACAGGGCCUCUCCCUGCCUCUGCAGCUGCAGGCGCACCACACCGUCUGGAGGAAACUGAGGCAGCGGGCUGAGAAACUGGUCGAGGUGUCGAGACUUGAAGUGGCUCCUCCCUCUCCUCCCGACUCCACGCCGCCUCCGACCAGCCACUAACGACCUCUGUGUAACCCGCUCACACACAUUUACACUUUCACAUGUACCCCUGUGUAUUAUUUGUUCAAUAAAUGUGUCUAAAAUAUGUGAAUAAAUCACUUCAACGUU